UUCAAAAGGAGAGAGAACAGACAGUCGUAAAGGCUUCUUCUCAACUUUUUGACAAUCAAAACCACUGCCCCAUCUACCCGUCUCUUUCCCCUAAACUUCCAUGGAAGAAGAACCUCUCACUUUCGCAAUUGCUCCUCUUCAUCACUGAGGAACACAGGGAUUCUGGUUUUCAGAUUGGGGAUGGUGAAUGAGGAGCAGAGGCUGUGUUUCUCUCUGGUUUUGUUGUGCCUGUCAAGUGUUUGUUUCUGUGCCACUGACCCGAAUGAUGUGAAAAUUCUGAAUGAUUUCAGAGAGGGCUUGGAAAAUCCAGAGCUUCUCAAAUGGCCUGUCAAUGGGGAUGACCCAUGUGGUACUCCUCCAUGGCCUCAUGUUUACUGUGCUGGUGAUAGAGUUUCUCAGAUUCAGGUUCAGGGGUUGGGUCUAAAAGGGCCAUUGCCUCAGAAUUUUAAUCAGCUCUCUAAGCUCUCCAAUUUGGGUCUCCAAAAGAACAAGUUCAAUGGGGCAUUGCCCUCUUUCAGUGGCUUAUCAGAACUCGAGUUUGCUUACUUAGAUUUCAAUGAGUUCGACACGAUCCCGUCGGAUUUCUUCGACGGAUUAAGCAGCGUUAGGGUGUUGGCUUUGGAUUAUAACCCUUUCAAUGCCACUGUUGGAUGGUCCCUUCCUGAUGAGCUUGCCAGGUCAGUUCAGCUGACUAAUCUUUCACUGGUUCAGAGUAAUCUGGCUGGGCCUCUCCCUGAGUUUUUAGGGACAUUGCCAUCUCUGACUGCCCUGAAGCUUUCCUAUAACAGAUUAUCAGGUACAAUUCCCAAAAGUUUUGGGCAGUCUUUGAUGCAGAUUCUAUGGCUGAAUGACCAAGAUACCGGAAUGACCGGUCCGAUUGAUGUAAUUCCUUCGAUGACUUCUUUGACUCAACUAUGGCUACAUGGAAACCAGUUUUCAGGGGAGAUCCCUGAGAAUAUUGGGGAUUUAUCUUCUUUGUAUGAUCUUAAUCUUAAUAGAAACCAACUUGUUGGUUUGAUUCCUGAAAGUUUGGCCAAUAUGAAUCUGGAUAACCUGGUUCUGAAUAAUAACCUUCUAAUGGGUCCAAUACCAAAGUUCAAGGCUCUUAAUGUUACUUAUGAUUAUAACUAUUUUUGUCAAUCUAAACCAGGUCUAGAAUGUGCCCCACAAGUUACUGCACUUUUAGAUUUUCUUGGCAGUCUGAAUUAUCCUAUGCGUCUUGCAUCGGAGUGGUCGGGUAAUGAUCCGUGUCAAGGACCAUGGUUGGGACUUAGUUGCAAUCCUGAGAUGAAGGUUUCGAUAAUCAAUCUACCGAGGCGUGGACUUCUUGGUACAUUGAGUCCUUCCAUAUCAAAGCUAGAUUCACUCCUCGAAAUUCGACUUGGGGGAAAUAAUAUUAGUGGUACAGUUCCACAGAACUUUACGAAUUUGAGGUCUUUGAGGUUGUUGGAUUUGACUGGAAACAAUUUCGAGCCUCCAUUACCAAAAUUUCGAGAUGAUGUUAAAGUUUUAGCCUUGGGGAAUCCUCUUUUGGUUUCUAAUCACUCUGGCGUACGUCCUUUACCUGAUGUACAUCCACCGGUUACCAGUGUGUCUCCCCCACAGAAUGGCACGAUCUCAGGUGAUGCAAAGCCACCAACAUCGUCGAUAAGGAGUCCGGUUCCAGCAUCUCCAUUUACAGUCUCGAACUCCUCUUCAUCUGAGUCUGUCCAUGUAGAAUCCGAGACACAGAAGUCUUCAAAGACGAGGAGAGUUAUGUAUGUGAUUGCCACGGUGCUCAUCAUAGUCAUGCUAUUCCUAUCAGCACUGUUUUGUAUCUUUUGCUCGAGGAAGAGGAAACGAGCCGCUGAAUCUCCUACUUUUGUGGUGCACCCGAAAGAUCCAUCUUUCCCUGAAAAUAUGGUUAAGAUUUCUGUUUCGAAUAAAAACACAGGAAACUUAUCCAAUCAAACAGAAACUAGCAUGACAAGUACUAAUAGUGGUGGUACAGAGAACUCUCAUGUGAUUGAAGAUGGGAAUCUAGUAGUAGCCGUUCAAGUUCUCCGCAAGGUGACCAAUGAUUUUUCCCCCGAAAAUGAGCUCGGACGAGGCGGGUUUGGAACUGUCUAUAAAGGCGAGUUGGAGGACGGGACGAAAAUAGCAGUGAAGAGAAUGGAGGCUGGAUCAAUCAGUAGUAAAGCAUUAGAAGAGUUCCAGUCCGAAAUUGCCGUUCUUUCCCAUGUUAGACACCGACAUCUGGUAUCGCUUUUGGGCUACUCCACAGAAGGAACUGAAAGGCUUCUUGUAUAUGAGUAUAUGCCUCAAGGUGCUCUUAGCAAGCAUCUUUUUCAUUGGAAAAGUUUGAAAUUGGAGCCUCUACCUUGGAUGACUCGGCUCUCGAUUGCAUUGGAUGUUGCCCGAGGGAUCGAGUAUCUACAUAGUUUGGCCCGACAAACCUUCAUACAUCGAGAUCUUAAAUCGUCUAAUAUCCUUCUGGAUGAUGAUUUUCGAGCAAAAGUUUCAGAUUUCGGACUGGUCAAGUUGGCUCCAGAUGGAGAGAAGUCAGUGGCGACUAAGCUUGCCGGUACAUUCGGAUACCUGGCACCUGAAUAUGCAGUAAUGGGGAAGAUCACAACAAAAGCUGAUGUAUUCAGCUUCGGGGUGGUGCUGAUGGAACUUUUGACUGGAAUGAUGGCACUCGACGAGGAGCGCCCGGAGGAAAGCCAAUACUUGGCAGAGUGGUUUUGGCGAAUCAAAUCAAACAAAGAAAAGUUCACGUCUGCUAUUGAUCCCGCUCUAAACAUAAACGACGACCUCUUCGAGAGGGUCUCCGUGGUUGCUGAAUUGGCAGGACAUUGCACAGCUAGAGAGCCAACCCAUCGGCCUGAUAUGGGCCAUGUCGUGAACGUGCUUUCGCCAUUGGUUGAGAAGUGGAAACCAAUUCACGACGACACCGAUAGUUUCUCCGGGAUCGACUACAGUCUCCCACUUCCUCAAAUGUUGAAGGUAUGGCAGGAAGCGGAAAGCAGGGGAACGAGCUUUACGAGCCUUCAAGACAGUAAGGGAAGCAUUCCGGCCCGUCCCACCGGAUUCGCAGACUCCUUCACCUCUGUUGAUGGGAGAUGAGUAAACUCCAUUGCAGUACAGAAACUUUCCUUGUAUACACAAAGGGCGAAGCAUUCCCUAUCGGAUUAUCAUCAUCUUGAUGAAAAUAUAAUCAAUUAAAACAGUUGAUAGUUGGUUUUCUGUCUUUGGAUUCUUAGACAUGGAUGGAGAGAGCUUUUGGUUUCACCUUUUUAUUUUUAUUUUUUAUUUUUUACUUAUUUGUGUGAUGUUUCUUUAUACAAUGCAAUUUACUCUGUAAAGAAUUGUUGGUGGUUGGAAAUAUCAACAAUGUUAUUAUCCAUAUGAUUUUGUUUUA